GCACGACUCGUGCUUCCUCGAGAAGACGUGCGGCAGUUAUCGACGGCCAACGGCGUAGAGCUCCGGGCACAUACAGAGUUGCCUCGACGUCCAGGCCCCGCUCGGCGUGUCUCCCGCCACCCGCCAGUCACGCAUCACUCGUCGCGCGCCAUGUCGUCUGUGAUCCGGAUCAAGCGGAAGGUGGGCGACGACCCGCACCUGGCGCUGGUGGCGGCCAAGCGCCGGCGCCUGGACGACGAUGCCGCUGCCGAUGCGGCGCCGGCGCCUGCCGAGGGCGCGGUGCUGCAGUUCGUCGGCACGAUGGCGGCGCGGGAGGCUGACCUGCCGGCGGCGCUGCUCAGCUCAAUCAGGUCGCAGCAGAAGCGGACCGACGGGCGGCGCGACGUCGGCACGGUGGCGGCGGCCAUCCUGAAGGCCAAGGAGGCGCGCCGGCAGCGCCAUCUGCAGGAGCAGAAGGUGCGCCGCUUCCGUGUGGUGUCGCGUCGGCGCGGGGAGCUCGACCUGUCGCCCGCUGCGGCCACCGGCGGCCUCGCCGGCCUCAUUGACGUGGAGGAGGAGGAGGAGGAGGCGAAGGCGGAGGGGGACGCCGCCGCCGGCGCCGCGCCGCAGCUCACUUGUAACGGCCAGGUGAUGGAGCGGGUGGCUGCGGCCGACGCCAGCUGGGUGUACGACCUGUACGUGUCGAGCGCGCCGCUGCCGGCCGAGCUGGCGGACGACCUGCUGGAGCUGCGGCCGUGCUCCGAGCCGCUGCUCUGGGAGCACCGCGAGGCUCGGCACAGCGACAGCGACUCGCCGUUCGCCGACGACGCCGACGACUCGAACGCCGAGGACAACUGGCGCAACGAUUACCCGGACGAGCUGGGUGACUCGGACUAUGAGCGCUACCUCGACCCGGAGCAGGCGCACGAGCUCGGCUCGGACAGCGACGAGCCCCUCGCCUACGGGCUCGACGAGGGCGGGUCCGAGGACGGCGACUCGGCCGACCCAUACGAGCGGUACAAGGCGCGCGUGCUCCGCCAAAUGGGCGGCGGUGAGAGCGACGAGGAGGCCGGCUACGAGGCGGACGACGGCAACGACAGCGGCGACGACUAG